AUGGCAAAGCGCUGCAGGGUCACCUCUUUGGUGGCACUAGCACUGCUAGGAUGCUUAGUUGGGACUGAAGUGAAAGCUCAGGGCUCAGCGUGGUCUGCACCAUCGAUGAAAAAGGGCGCUCCACCUCCUCCACCACAGGUUCUUCCGCGCCCUCAAGUGCCACAGGUCCAACCUCCACCACCACCGCAGAAGGCUCCUCCAUAUCCUCAAGCGCCACAGGUCAUGCCACCACGCAAGGUUAAUGUAUAUCAACAAGGACCAAAAGUCCAACCACCUCCAGCACCAAACUUUCCUCAAUAUCAACCGCCAGUCGCCCAACCAGCUGCACCACCAAAAUAUCCUCAAUAUCAACUGCCAGUCGCCCAACCAGCUGCACCACCAAAGUAUCCUCAAUAUCAACUGCCAGUCGCCCAACCAGCUGCACCACCAAAGUAUCCUCAAUAUCAACCGCCAGUCGCCCAACCAGCUGCACCACCAAAAUAUCCUAAAUAUCCUCAAGCAUUCCAUGAUCAGGAGCCGCAGGACCCACCACCGCAGCAACCACAGCGACCACAGGUCCAUGCAGUGCCACAGACACAGUCCGCUUCAAGUGUUGGAAAUCAGCCUCCUGUUCAGAGUUGCGAGGUGCAAGCAAAUGUGAGAAUCUCGUGUGGAGCUUCUGAUAUCUCUGCUGCUGGAUGUGAAGCCAUAAGCUGCUGCUUUGAUGGCCGACAGUGCUACUUUGGAAAGGCAGUGACUGUCCAGGCCACCAAGGAUGGCCAGUUCAUCGUGGUAGUAGCCAGAGAUGCCACUCUGCCCAACAUUGACCUCGAAUCAAUCUCACUGUUGGGACAGGGUCAAGGCUGCACACAUGUUGACUCGAACUCAGAGUUCGCCAUCUACCAGUUUCCUGUCACAGCCUGUGGCUCCAUUGUUAUGGAAGAGCCUGGUGUUAUAAUCUAUGAGAACAGGAUGGUUUCCUCAUAUGAAGUGGGAGUUGGACCUCUUGGAGCCAUUACCAGAGACAGCCACUUUGAAUUGCUCUUCCAGAGUAGGUAUAUUGGCACAUCUAUUGAAACUGUGGUCGUAGAAGUAUUCCCGUUAGAUAAGCCUCCUCGGUCAGCUGCUGCUGUGGGACCCAUAAGAGUACAUAUGAGGUUGGCGAACGGACAAUGCAAUACAAAGGGUUGCAAUGAAGUGGAAGUGGCCUAUAGCUCUUUCUACACGGAUGCAGACUAUCCUGUGACCAAAGUACUGAGGGACCCUGUGUAUGUGGAGGUGCAACUCCUUGAAAAGACAGAUCCCAACCUUGUCCUGACUCUUGGUCGUUGUUGGACAACCACAAGCUCCAACCCUCACAGUCUGCCACAGUGGGACAUUCUGACAGACGGGUGUCCAUACAGGGAUGAUCGCUACUUGUCCUCACUGGUUCCAGUCGGUCUCUCCUCUGGUCUGGACUUCCCCAGUCACUACAGGCGUUUCAUUUUCAAGAUGUUUACCUUUGUAGACACCAAUUCAAUGGAACCCAUGAAGGAACAGGUGUACAUCCACUGCAGUACAGCUGUGUGCACUACUGCUGCGGGUCACUCCUGUGAACCAUCAUGCUACAGAAGAAGUAAGAGAGAGAGAGAUGUCAAGGAUGUGGGCCAGAAGAAGGCUGAGCCGCAGGUUGUGGUUUCUUCCGGACCAGUGAUCAUGAGUUCCCCUCAGCAGUAAACAGCAUAGUGUCCAGCUCAAGAAUUUGGCCAUGAACAUUUAGUGAAAGAUCUGGAACAUUAAUAUGAUUCACUUAUUAGUCAUAUAUUGUAAUGUAUGCAAAAGACUUAAGAGUCAAAAG